UUCAUUUUAUCUCUUUCCGCCAGAUUCACGAAUUUUCUUAUCUGUUUUCGUCUUUUCCCCCCUUUUUUUCAGGUGUACCAGCCCCAGAUUAAACGCACGAUACGUACUCUGAAUGAAGCGAGUAUACUACCAGAACCGCGACUUCCUGUCAAAUAUCCUCGGAUAUCCGGUCGUGAACCUGAUCCGCAAGAAAAUCCUCAUAACGCAUGGAGCCACGUUUGUACAAUCCACGGAGCAAAACGCGGAAAACUUCUUGGGAAGAGGAUUGCCGUGAAAGACAACAUUGCCGUAGCUGGCGUCCCACUGAUGAAUGGAUGUCACGCAUUGGAUGGUUAUGUUCCAGACUUUGAUGCAACAGUGGUGACUCGAAUAUUAGAACAAGGUGGAACAGUUAUUGGUAAGACGAGGUGUGAAGAUUUAUGCUACUCUGGAAGUAGUUUUACUGGAGCCGGUGGCCCCGUUCUGAACCCACAUGACACAACACGAAGCUCUGGUGGUUCGAGCUCCGGCAGUGCUGCAGCGAUAGCGGCUGGUGACGUCGACAUGGCACUUGGGACGGAUCAAGGUGGUUCGAUCCGGUUACCGGCGGCAUGGUGCGGUGUUUAUGGGAUGAAACCUACCUAUGGACUGGUUCCAUAUACUGGUGCUAUGUCGUUAGAACCAACUGUCGAUCACAUAGGACCACUGGCAAAGACUGUGUAUGACUGCGCGCUCCUACUCGAAGUCAUUGCAGGGUAUGAUAAUGGUCUGGAUCAUAGACAACAUCCAAAUAUCAAAGUACCACAAUACACAAAAGAGAUCGAAAAUUGUCAAAUUGACGAUGAGAGAAUCGGGAUCUUGAUCGAAGGAUUCGCUACUGAUUGUGGAGAUUCUAAAGUGAAAUCGUUAGUUUUUGAUAUUAUCAUGCAGCUGAAACAGCAUGGAGCACAUGUCGAUGACAUUUCUGUCCCUAUGCACAAACUAGGUCAUAUGGCUUUCGCCUGUUUUGCCCCUGAGGGAAUCAAUGCAGCGUUACUUCAAAAUGGAGGUGGUGGAUACGGUCACCAAGGUUACUAUCCAUCUAGCAUGAUAUCACAGGUAUCAAAAGCAUUCCAAGCGAGACCAAAUGAUGUUACACAUAGAAUAAAGGUGACCAGACUUCUUGGGGAGUACUUGAAAAAGAACUACGGGGGUCGUUUCUACGCUAAGGGUCGCAACUUGGUGUUAGCACUACGACAUGCUUACGAUACAGCUUUUCAAGUCGUAGAUAUCCUGGCGAUGCCUACGGUGCCAUAUACAGCUAGAAAGCUACCCACCGAUGACUGCUCCAUCGAAGAUCACUUCAAAAUGAGCUCUGCUUGUGCCAUAAAUACCAAGUCGUUCAAUUCUACUGGGCACCCAGCUAUCAGCAUUCCUGUUGGUAAAAUCAAUGGACUUCCAGUUGGGUUAACUCUUGUUGGUCGCCAUUUUGAUGAAGUUCGACUUUUACGCGUAGCGAAAUACAUCGAGCAACAUUGUAAUAAAAGAAGGGAUAUGAUAACUCCGAGACUUUAACGAAGUAAACCGAUUUUAUGGGUACGUUUGAUUUUCACCCUUACUAGGCCAUGGUAAAUUAGUUAAGAAUACAAAUGGGGAGGGGGCUGGGAGCGAGCGCCCCCUUCCACCCGCAGAUCUCGGUCGACGAUCGCACCGUCGCGCCGGAAAUCUACACGCACGUCCAUAACAUAAUCUACCAAAUUUUAUUAUUUGAUAAUACUAUGAUUUCAUUGAUUAUUCUAAUGGUUAUUUAUGCAUGGAAUCAGCAUGAUCAGAAUUCUGCUCUAAAUCAAGAAAUGAAGUUUCAAAUAUUAGAAUUGUGGGUCUUGACACUCUUGGAGAUAUUCUCAUCAAUCUGCUAUAUGGGAAACUACGAUGUUGUUUUAUACUUUCUCAAGUGUUGCUUUGUUUGACGAUAUUUUAGGUUUUUUGUUAGAAAUAAUAUUUGUUGAUGGAAACCGUCGUAACAAACUAUUUCAAUCAUGAUAACAUACAGUAAAUCAAAUUCAUUUUCAAGCAGUAGAAAUAUAAAAAUAAUGAUACAUUUAUGCAUUUUAGCUCGGAUCAGAAUUUGCAAUGGAUUUCACAUAUAUAUUUUUCUUUGUCUAACAUGCACUAAAAGAGCAUCGCAAACGUUACACGAAACUUGGAAAAAAGCGUCUGGAAAGGCGAUGCGAAGAAAUGUUUUCGCCAUUUUAACUCAUCGCGCAAAGCGUCGAAGAGGGGGGGGGGGUGUUUAGCCCUCAGAGCUCACCCGGCCUAGUUAGGGUUAAGGUCAAAGCGUUGCAAAAAGACUGAUACUGAUGUGUGAAUGUGUGUGUACUUUGGAAACGUGUCUUUCGAAUUCUCUUAAAAGAGAUGUAAUUAACAGACUAACAUUCAUGACAUUUAGAACGAAAUGUUUGGCUAACUCUAUAGAUAAGACAUGAAGGAACGUAAGAAUGUUUCCUUCAAUCCAAGUUAACGGAUCGAAACAAGAUGGAUAGCUAGAUAUAUUUCUAUUUACUAUUUGUAGGGGGACUGUUGACUGCUGUGAAGCUUCUGAACUGUUGCUGCAUCGGGGGCGGUAACAUGAUAAUUUGUUUGGAGGCAAGGCGACCUAAAUAUGAUAUCAUCUUUCUCUUAUUAUAUAGAAUAAAUUGCACAACCAAUGUAUCUCUUUUUAUACUCUUCUCCCUCGUUCUUCCCUUUCUCCCUUUGUUUUAUUACUGCUUGAAAAGAUAUAGGAGAUCACUGUGAUGCCGCCCAUGCGUAAAUCGUUUGCAAGCCCCGUGAAAACUGCUCAAUUCUCAUUUUCAAAACCUUUAUCAAGGUUUACCACUCUCUUAUGUCAUACUUAUGCAAACUACAAGUUGUACCAUCCUAAUAUCUUACAAUCUUGCCUAAUGCUCAAAGCGUAAAUUCACCAGCAUGGUUGCAUUUUAUUUUUUUUUAUAGAAGGAAAUAAUUAAUGAUCGUUAUUCUUGAAAAGAGUUAAACUGUGUAUCAGUAUAAAUUUUGAUUGCUGCAGUACUAUUGUAUAUUGCUACUUAUAAUUACGUACUAUUACCAAAGAAAUGUCUCGUAAAUAAUAUGAAAGGUAAAAUCCUGUAAUUGUAAAGGUCUUUUCGUUUAUUGCUAUUGUACAUGAGAAGAAUUGAAAAAAGGGCAAACAAUUGGAAAUUAAUUAUUAUUUUUUCAGCGUAUAGUGUGCUCUCUGUUGCAUAUUUUUCAAUAAAUAAUUACAAAAAAAAAUGUCUAAAUAAUCAGAGUACGGAAAUAUAGUUGGAAAUGGGUAAAUAAUGAUGAUAAAUGUUUAGGGUCUGUGCCAGGUGUAUUUUUGAAUGUGUAUCUGUUUAUAUAAAACACUCGAACUUUGAAAACACAACGAAAUUUGGAAAAUGACAUGUCUACAUAUAUUUUAUAUAUCUAAUACUGUUAUGUAAAAUUGCAAUAAAAGAAUGGUUUGAAAAAUUUGUGUGGGCAUGUUCAUUUCAUGUUCUUUUCCGACGACUUAUAAGUGCAGAUACAAUGGUUCUUUUUGUCGUGUUCAUCUGAUGAUAUUUCAAAAGGCUGGAUUUCCUUUCACAAAUAUUUGAAACAUAUUCUUUAUCGAUGUAAAUAUAACUGUUUUAUAUACAACCUAUCAUGUAGAAUGCGUUGUUUCUUUGCCUCUGAGAAGUUUUCUUUUCUCCAUUUGCCAUGGGAGUAGAAAUGUAAACAUUGGCACAGUAAAGCACGGUGAAUCGAAUGAGGUUACCCUCCCCUCCCCAGCAAGACCUUAAGACCGAAUCUGGA